GGUAACGACAACAGACAGUGUCAGUGGGAUACUGCACCAUGAAACCAUGAAAGGCCUGAACUGCUGAAGUGAUGCCUACGCUCUGUGUCUGUGGUCGACUCGUAGAUUUGUGAACAGAACACCAGUCACCAGCGUUAGCUCGUGGAAGGCCGCUCUUUGCGGCUCUGGUUUGAAGGCGCUAGGUUUUCACCCCAUUGCCAGGAGUGAAGAAUUUUUGGCAGUUGCACAGGCGACAACCGAAAGCUCCCGCCUUUCCUGUUGGAUAUUAGCUAUUGCUCUGCCGAUACGAUCCCUCUCUGGAAGAAGUUAGUUUGUCCUGCUCUCGUGCAAGACAGAACUCGCAUGAAGCGUGCUUGCUGAAGUGAACUCACAGAGGAGCAGCUUCUGCACGGUUGUCCCCUCGCUGCUUCACGUGCCGUCAUGGCUGCGAGGAGUGAAGUGAAGGCAUGCUUAGCGUUAGCAGCUGCUACAGCUCUUGUUUUAGUGACACUCGCAGGUACUGGUGUCAGUGGUGGCUGUUUGAUCACAGAUGACCUGGUUCCCGAAGGCACAGAGACUGUAUGUCCAAGGAUACUGAACGAGAUGGACAUCACAGACAACUGCGUCUUAGAAGAUCAUAAGACAUCAAGUGGAAGCGGUCACAUCAGGUGUUCGUUCACACCAACUCUUUAUGAAACCUGUCCUGGAAUUCACUGCCGGCUUGGUUGGGGUGUCAAGCGCCAUGCUGAUGGACGCUUCCAGGUAGUACUGGAGCCGUCGCACAUCAUCAACUGCUCGACUUACGAGUACUUCAAAGUCCAUGCAUCGGUAGAGAGGUGUGAAGAUCUCUUCAACAAGACUCCGUGUACUGAUGUGGUGGACUGGGAGAGAGAUGGUCGGGUACACUUUGACCAGUUUCUCUAUCAGAGGUGUACAUGUAUCGGAGCAAACUGCAGUGCAAGAUUCUCAUCAACUGUUGAAGUGGAGGUCAAUAUUGUGGAUCAGUCAUCACCAUUUGCUAUACCAGCUGCAAUCAGCAUUGGCGCCGUUCUGGGCAUCUUCAGUGGCAUUCUGGCCGUCAUUCUGGUCUGCCGUUACAAACAGCGCAGAGCAAUGUACAAGAAGACACUGCAGGCUCCGGAGUCCGUUGAGAUGAUGGUGUAUGGCGAGCCACGCAAUAUCAAACUGAUACGUUACCUUGCUCGAGGUCGCUUUGGUAUGGCACACCUGGGUCAAGAUGAUGCCGGGGAGCAGGUAGUGGUCAAGGUCACUAAUGAGAAGAACAAGGCGGGAUGGAGCAGUGAAUGUUCCUUGCUGUCAAAUAGCUACAUGCGUCAUUCCACAAUCAUCAGGUUCCAGUUUGGUGAAGAGCGACUGGCUGCUGGUAGCUGCAAGGAGCUAUGGCUAGUGACCGAUUACUACCAGCGAGGCUCUCUGUACAAAUACCUGAAAGACAAUCCCUUGUCAUGGAAUGAGUGUGCAGACUUGAUGCUGUCACUGAGUGACGGCGUAGACUAUUUGCAUGAUGAUUCUGGAUUGAAGCCACAGAUUGCACACCGCGAUCUCAAGAGUACCAACAUACUCAUCAAGGACACCCCACAGCCCAGAUGUAUUCUGGCCGACUUCAAUCUGGCGAUUGCGUUCGUGCCAGAAAUGGACAAAGCACAGCGGCAACACCAGGUUGGGACUCCGCGCUAUAUGGCACCAGAGUGCCUUGCUUCUUGCAUGAACUUCGACGAGGACAUCUCGUUUCUGGAGGCUGACAUAUAUUCGCUUGGUCUGUUGCUGUGGGAGAUCAGUGCUGGAUGCUGUGACUUUGCAGUGGAUGGCAGCCAGGACAAAUCACGUCACGAACUGCCUUACUGGACCUAUGUGGGUGACCAGCCAACCAUUCGAGCUAUGGAAGAAUUCGUCAUCCGCCAAGAAAAGCGACCGUCUCUGCCGAGAGGAUGGGAGAUGGCAAUGAGAUCAGUAAAGGAAUUGGGUGUCUUAGCAAAUGUACUGAAUGAUUGCUGGGAGAAGGAUUGUGGUGCAAGGCUGACAGCUGCCGCCGUCAAGACCCGCAUGGUCCAACUCGAUCGGUCCAAAGUGGAGACAGAAAUGGCCAUCAAGCAAGCUAUGAGUGCUGGAAUUGCUGCUUCUUCACCUCCUACUACUCCUGCAACAAAGGUAGUUGCACCUAUCCCUGGAGAAAAGGCAGGUUCACCUGUCCCUGGAGAAAAGGCAAUUUCACCCAUUCCUGGAGCAAAUACAGUUGGGCUAAUGCCACAAGAAAAGUACCCGCAGGAGUUACAACCACCCGAGUACACAGAAGAACUACAUGCCAAGCCACCAGCUAUCCUUGUGGCCCGGAAGGAGUCCUCGGCUAGUUAUGGCAGCAUGUCAUUGGACACAGCAGAUGUGGUGACCAUGCCAACUAUAGGCAUUCACACAGGCAGGCCUGAACCGGAUUCUUCCACCUCUGACUACGCUUACAGUACAGCCGGGCGUCUUGUCGGCCGAAGCAGCAACAUCAACGGGUCCAGCGAGGGCUAUAAUAGUGCUGAUGGCUAUCAGUGACCAAAUACAGCGCCAAUGCGAGCAGCAGCAGCAGCAAUGUUGUCAUCAAUGGAGGCGUUUUGUGUGGUGUAGCACUACAAGCACAGGUGUGCCACUCCACACAAAACGUAUUCAAUGAUGCCGCUCACAUAGCCUCCGCAUUAUCUCCCAUCCAACGUCACACAUGUACUGAUGUAGCUGGAAUAGCCCAUGUGAUGUGGCACUACUUGCUUGUGCUCCUCACUGCUGUAGCCCUUAGUUUGACAAUGUGUAUGACAGCAUCUCUGCGCCUUUGAUCCUAGAGGGUGGUGGCGUUCCCACGGCGGAUGCGAACCGUGAAUUUUUAUAUAUUUUUUAUGACAGCACCGCCAACAGCACUUUAGAAUUAUGUAUUGCUUACCAACGGUAAUCACUUGAGUGUACAUUAGUUGAGGUAUACACACCUAGGUCUACAACCAGCCAAAUGUGUGCAAUCUGUGCUAAUGAUAAUGUAAAAUGCUGCUCAAUGAAAUCAAGCAUGCGAUUGGAACUGGUGUAGGGCUCGAAGCAUCAAGAUUUUCCAUUGAGCAGCGCUGUUCUUGAGAAUUAUUUGACAUGCUUUUAUGCGGCAUCUUAUAAUAUUGAAUCAUUUCAACACCGUCUUUUCCCUUGAAGUACCUAGUUCUUUCAAGCGUCCUCUGUGAUUUACGAAUGUGAACAAUCA